AUGGCCGCCCCGGAGUGGGACUGGUUCCAGCGCGAGGGGCUCAUCGGGCAGAUCAGCGACAUCCGCGUCCAGAACCUGCAAGUGGAGCGGGAAGAUGUCCAGAAGAGGACCUUCACCCGGUGGAUAAACCUGCAUCUGGAGAAGUGCGACCCUCCUCUGGAAGUUAAAGAUUUAUUCCUGGACAUCCAAGACGGCAGAAUCCUGAUGGCGCUGCUGGAGGUCCUGUCCGGGCGGAAUCUGCUCCACGAGUACAAGUCCUCCUCCCACCGCAUCUUCCGGCUCAACAACAUCGCGAAGGCGCUGAAGUUUCUGGAAGACAGCAAUGUGAAGCUGGUGAGCAUCGACGCAGCAGAGAUAGCGGACGGCAACCCCUCGCUGGUCCUGGGGCUGAUAUGGAACAUCAUCCUCUUCUUCCAGAUUAAAGAGCUCACGGGCAACCUCAGCAGGAACUCUCCACCGAACAGCCUGUCGCCCAGCUCCGGGGGCACCGACUCCGACUCCUCCUUCCCCCCCACGCCCACCGGCGAGAGGAGCGCGGCGCUGUCCGUGAAAGACCAGCGGAAGGCCAUCCGGGCGCUGCUGGCCUGGGUGCAGCGGAAAACGCGCAAGUACGGCGUGGCGGUGCAGGACUUCGCGGGCAGCUGGCGGAGCGGGCUGGCCUUCCUGGCGGUGAUCAAGGCCAUCGACCCCAGCCUGGUGGACAUGAAGGCGGCGCUGGAGGACUCCAUGCGGGAGAACCUGGAGAAGGCUUUCCGCAUCGCGCACGACGCCCUGCACAUCCCCAGGCUCCUGGAGCCGGAAGACAUCAUGGUUGACACGCCGGACGAGCAGUCUAUCGUGACAUACGUGGCACAGUUUCUAGAACAUUUCCCGGAGCCGGAAGCCGAGGAUUUCGUGGACCCCGAUAAAGACGCCCCCAUCGAGUCCACCUUCGUCCGCUUUAAAGAGACGCCCUUGGAGCAGGAGAGCGCCGUCUGCUACCUGGCUGACCACGGGGAGCGGGCCUACACCGUCAACCACGACACCAGCCACCCGCCCCCCUCCAAGGUCUUUGUCCUCGACAAGCCCGAGAGCGGGAAGGAGGCCCGUCCCGGGGGCGGCCCUGGCCCCAGGCCCACAGACAGCCUCGCCCCGGACUGGGACCCCCGCACGGCCUCCGAGAGGUCCUGCAGCCUCACGGAGCAGCCGCCGCCCGAGUCUUCCAUCUUGUCCAGGAGGGACAAUCAGAGGUCCAGCUCCCUGCCCGCCAGGAAGACGGUGCACUUUGAGACGGACCUCUACAAGGACGCCUCCUGCAGCAAGGACCCCGCCCGCAGCCCAGACUUGGGCUUCGAGGGCGGCCCCCGGGGGGCGAAGGACAGCUGGUGGAAGCAGGACGGGCGCCUCCCGGAGGAGAUGGCCGAGGAAGAGGCGCGGCAGGGCGCCCUCAGGGCCCUGGAGGUCGUGUCCCUGCUGGACAGCGAGGCCAGGCCCGCUCCCGCUGCCCGGAGCGCGGCCCCCGGGGCCCCGGGCAAAGAGGGAGAGGAGAUGGCGGCGGCCAUUCUCUCGGAGAUCAUCGAGGUGAGGCUGCGGGACGUGCGGGCGGCGGACGAGGAGGACGACUUCGAAGGCAUUCCCCUGAAAGCCUCCAAGUUCAACAGCGACCUCGUGGACUUCGCCUCCACCAGCCAGGCUUUCGGCGAGGACCCGCCGACGCCCGAGGACGGGCCCGCGGAGGCCGCGGCGGAGGGCGCGGGGGAGCAGGCCCCCGGGGAGCAGGCCCCCGAGGAGCAGGCCGAGAAGCCGGGCAAGAGGAGAAGCAAGUCCCCCCACGGGAUGGCCGCCCCUGACGACGAAGACCCGCCGGGCACGCCGGCGCAGGAAGCCCCCGGCCAGGAGCCGGCCCCCGGGGAGGAGCCGGCGGGCAGGAAGCCGGAGGUGUACGAGAAGGCCAAGUGCAAGUCCCCGCGGCCCCCGUGUGGGGAGGAGGAGGAGGAGGAGGGGGAGGGGGACGCCGAGGCCCCCCCGGACCCGGACGGGGACUCGCCCUCCCACCCGCCCAGCAGCCGGGUGAGCCUGGAGACGCUGGGCAGCCACAGCGAGGAGGGCCUGGACUUCAAGCGCUCCCCGCCGCUCUCCAAGGUCUCCGUCAUCCCGCACGAACUUUUCUACUACCCGCACUACGAGGUGCCCCUGGCCGCCGUCCUGGAGGCCUACGCCGAGGGUCCGGAGGACUUUAGAGCCGAGGACACGGACUUCGGGGACCCGGAGGACUACCUGUCCGACCUGGAGCAGAGGGAGGACGAGGACGACCUCGAGGCGUCCGAGAGCAGCGGCAGCUUCGGGGGGCUGGGGGAGGACUCCCCGACCCAGGAGCCUGACCGGGACCGGGGGGCCCCCGAGGACCGCCAGCAGAGGGAGGCCAAGGCCUGCGCCCCUGCGGAGAGCCGGCAGGACUCCCCAAACCCGGGGCACGUGGGAAGCUCUUCGGAAGAGAAGGCGACGGAGGAGUCGGUCAGCAGCAAGAAGAAGGAGAAAAAGAAGCACGUGGACGAUGUGGAAAGCUCCAUCUUGCUCGCCCCCGGGGUGGGGCGGUCCUCGGACGAGCUGGAGGAGGAACCCCCGGGCUUCCACCGAGUCCCCUCCAGGACUAGCCACAGCGACUCCAGCAUUUACAUUCGGCGACAUACUAAUAGGUCUUUGGAUUCGGACCACUCCAGCUUCGUUCAGCUGAGGAAUGCCGCCGACCUGGACGACAGGAGGAACCGCAUGCUAACCAGGAAGGCCAACCACUCGGGCGAAGCCGCGCCGCGGGACAGCCAGAGCCCGCCCAGCGACGCCCUGGCGCAGUUCGUGCAGCAGCCCGACAUGAUGUACUUCCUCCUCUUCCUCUGGCUGCUGGUGUACUGCCUGCUGCUCUUCCCCCAGCUGGACGUGAACCGGCUCUGA